AUGACUGAUACCAAAGAUGACCUGACCGAUAAAGCGCACUUCGACCCUACAUGGAUUGCAUGGAAUGGGGGCUACCUACACUCCAACAAUGUAUUGUUUUAUUUCGCAACAUCACCCUUCUUCGAUCAGGUCUCUGGUAAUCAGUCUCUGAUCACCCAAUGGGUUGGCACACCCAAUCAAAACGACAUUCUAGGCACUAGAUCCAAGUUUGAAGCCAAUCUUCGCCACCAACGCGGCAUUCAGUACGUGGUUGAACACGACCCGCUGGAAGAGAAGGUCAUGUUCGAUGGUCCCAACGGCCGUGAAAACUCCAAUGUGUGGGUUAUCCGCAAGCAGAACCGAGAGAGCGAGGACGACAGCAGUGUCACGGUCUUGGGCUAUUACUACAUUGUCAACGACGUGAUUUACCAAGCUCCUUCAGUGGCAAGCAUCCUCAACUACCGCAUGCUGAACACGGUUCUGUCUCUCGAAAAAGUCUUCUCGGCGCCUGCAGAUCUGUCGUAUUUCUCUCCUGCCCACGGGCAUACGUACCACAAGCCGGUGCAAAAGUCUCUAGCACAGACCCUUUCAGGUGCUUCUCAGCAGAGCAAGGAGACAACGCCGAUGCCGGGGGUACAGAUGCCUACCACGGCGGAAAACCCGACUGGAGGUCCCAACCGACCACAAGAGGAUUCUAACAGUGGCGGAAGAACACUUUUUGAUGCUCUUCGAAUGACCUUGCAAUAUGGCAAGGAAUAUAUGGAUGAAAUUCCAUUGGUUGGUGAACCCGGCAACUUCAGAUUUUCCAAGCACAAGGAACCUUCAGCUGGUCAAAAUAAGGGCCUCGCUACUUCCUUCGGCAAUGGCACGCCUGGGGUCUCCCGAGCGCCAUCUGCGGUUCCUCCGGCAACUAAGAGUCCUACUAUAGCAUCGAAAGAGACGAAGACUGGCGACAAGGUAGCGUCCAUACCUGAGGAUCCAGCCAGACCCAAGCGACGAAAGAGUAAACCUGGGGACUCUAGCCCAUGA